GAGCUGCGCCAUGGCUCGGCGGCGGCGGCGGCGGCGGGCGCGGCGUCACAGGUCUGAGGGGUAAGUACUGCCGACCCUCGGAGCGCGGGGCCGGAGACCAGCUUGAACUGCUUCCUCGCCUGCCGCGGUUUGCGCCUCCCGGCGCUGUUCGUGCUCCACUGUGGAGCUCGCCCGAGUGGCCAGUCGCCCGGGUCCCCGGCUUCCUCCUCAGUCUAGUGGGGAUAACAGUGAUCCCACCCGCACGGGCCUGUCGGGGCCUAACACUGCCUGGCGGGUGGGAGAGACGUUAGCCAGUGUCGUGUCGUUUUGUGGGGGAGAGUGCCGUCCAAAGUAGUGAGUCUCAAAGUGCUAGCUUGAAAGCAAAAUAUUCAGCAAACACGUAUUGCCUACGGUUUGCCGGACUUUGUUAGUGGAGUUUACUCUCUGACUGGGAAUCAGUUUUAUUUUGAAGACCCUGGUGUUUUCGUACUGCAAACCACAGACCGUAAACUGGAGCAUAGAUCUGGCUGGGGGACCGGGCUGCCGCUUGCGGUUCUCCAGGACGGGUCGAGCAGUUUUUGUUUACCAAAAAAAGCGAGCGUUUGGUCGGUUGCAGAACGCGCUCUAGAAUGCUGGUCGCUGAUUCGUUGGCGAAUGGCCAUCCAAGGCCUGGCCUGGAUCUGGCGGGAAGGGUCUCGGCUUGCUGCAGACGGUGCACAAAACCAGACGCCAAGACGAUCUGAAGAGAACAGGAGUUCCCCCGGCCCUGGGAAGGCUUCCUGGAGAAGGAGGUGCUGGUAGAUGCGGGGUUAGGGUGGAAAAGCUGGAGCAGGACACCGCAGGUGGGUGGGGAAAACGAGACCAGACUCCUGUGGCCAGUGGAGGAGAAUGAAGACUCCCCCGGUGCAGAAGAGGAUUAGAAAAGAAUGUCAGCUGAAAAGAGUUUAUCUGAAAGCGCAAGACGUUCAAAGCACACUUUAGAAAGAAUGCAUUCCAUGAAAGACAAAGCUGGUCAAAAGUGCAAGCCUAUUGACGUGUUCGACUUUCCUGAUGAUUCUGAUGUCUCAAGCAUUGGCAGGCUGGGUGAAAAUGAGAAAGAUGAAGAACCUUAUGAGACCUUUGAUCCUCCUUUACAUAGCACAGCUAUAUAUGCUGAUGAAGAAGAAUUCUCCAAACAUUGUGGACUGUCUAUCCCUUCAACUCCUCCAGGAAAAGAAGCAAAAAGAAGUUCAGACACUUUCGGAAAUGAAGCAAGUGAAAUCGAAUCUGUAAAAAUUAGUGCAAAAAAGCCAGGAAGAAAGCUCAGGCCCAUUAGUGAUAACUCUGAAAGCACUGAAGAAAGUGAUACAAGGAGAAAAGUUAAAUCAGCAGAGAAAAUAAGUACACAACGUCAUGAGGUUAUUCGAACUACAGCAUCUUCAGAACUUUCAGAGAAACCAGCUGAGUCGGUCACUUCUAAAAAGACAGGACCCCUUAGUGCCCAGCCCCCUGUUGAAAAAGAGAACUUGGCAAUAGAAAGUCAAUCGAAAACUCAGAAAAAAGGGAAGAUAUCUCAUGACAAAAGGAAGAAAUCAAGAAGUAAAGCCGUAGGCUCAGAUACUUCCGACAUUGUGCAUGUUUGGUGUCCAGAAGGAAUGAAAACCAGUGACAUCAAGGAGUUGAAUAUUGUUUUGCCUGAAUUUGAGAAAACCCACCUAGAGCAAAAACAAAGAAUAGAAUCUAAAGUUUGUAAGGCAGCCAUCGACACAUUUUAUUUUAAUGUUAAAGAACAACUCACCAAAAUGCUUAAAGAAAGCGAGAUGUUGAAAAAUCUGAAAAGGAAGAAUGCUAAGAUGAUUUCAGAUACCGAAAAGAAAAGGCAGCGUAUGAUUGAAGUCCAGGAUGAACUGCUUCGGUUAGAGCCACAGCUGAAACAACUACAAACAAAAUAUGAUGAACUUAAAGAGAGAAAGUCUUCCCUUAGGAAUGCAGCAUAUUUCUUAUCUAAUUUAAAACAGCUUUAUCAAGAUUAUUCAGAUGUUCAAGCGCAAGAACCAAACAUAAAGGAAACGUAUGAUUCAUCCAGCCUUCCAGCUCUGUUAUUUAAAGCAAGAACACUCCUGGGAGCCGAAAGCCAUCUGCGAAAUAUCAACCAUCAGUUAGAGAAGCUCCUUGACCAGGGAUGAGAAGAGCAUUCUACUAAAAUGUGCCCAUAGGAAGACUAGUCUCAUGCUGUUACCCUCUGAAACUGUACCUUUAUAAAUAAAUUGUUUUGCAAAGAA